AAAAAUCUCUCUCUUACUUCCGGAAACAAAGUGUUCUGAGCGGGAUUUUUCAGAUUUUACAGGGUCAUUUCCUAGUUACAGCGGUUGCUAGGCUCAUUCGUUAUUCAUAAAAAUGGCUGAGUGUUUUGAGAGAGGUCCUCUCAGCUUCCUUUGCUGGGAGGAUGCGUUCCCCCAGCAAGCCUGGGAACGGAGAAGAAAAAUGAAUCUCCAGAAAGCAGCUGAAUCCAAACCAGCAACCCUUCCUCCUCCAUCUGAGCCGGUGACUAGCAACAUCAGGCGAGCAAGCAACCUGGUUGCACAACAAUCACCCCAAUUGCCGGAGUUUGGACAAGGUUGCAGUGCUUUCAAAAGAUACAGCCCCUCGCUUAGUACUGUCAGCAGUGAGGGUAGCUACUCAAAUGUCAGUGGAUCCAACACCCCUAGAUCGUCACCAAGAAGUGUGACAGGGAAGUCCAGUGAAGGCUCCUUAAAUGGCAGUGGAUCCAACACCUCAAGACGGUCACCAAGAAGUGUGACAGGGAGGUCCAGUGAAGGCUCCUUAAAUGGCAGUGGAUCCAACACCCCUAGGAGGUCACCAAGAAGUGUGACAGGGAAGUCCAGUGAAGGCUCCUUAAAUGGCAGUGCAUCAAGAAUCUACAGCCAGUCUCCAAGGAGCAGCAUUAGUAAAGGUAGCCCUUGCUCCAUAAAUGAUGAGGAUCUUAAUGAAAAUACGAAACGAGAGAUCAGUGAUCCCGCUAUAGAGCAGAGCGUAAAUGAAGUCUCCCACUAUACACAUGUAGGAGAGUAUAUUUCUCAGAAAUACGAAAAACAACAAAUGUGUGACAUUUCAUUCAAGUUGGGAGAUAAACUAUUCCCAGCGCAUAAAUUAGUAUUGGCUUCACAGAGCCCUCUGUUCGCCGAAGUUUUUGAAAGGGAGCAUUUUUCGAAGGAGCCAGUGGCCCCCAAAAUUAUAAAUGUUAGGGGAGUUUCAGAAGAGGCCCUGGUCUCCUUUUUAGCCUUCAUUUAUACCGGAAGGCUUGAUUUCAACACGGUCUAUUGGCGGGAUGUCAUGAAACUUGCUCUUGUUUUUAAAGUCGAGCAAAUAAGGAAAUUAUAUCUGAGGAAAAUAGAGCAGAUGAAAUGUGAGGACCAGCUUCGACUGUUACCAAACAUGGCACAAUUACAAGCAGUGGAGAUUAGUGACAAGAUUAUCAGGAAUAUAUCGACAAACUUUUUGAAAAUCAAAGAGUGUCCGGCAUUUUUUGACCUGGACGUCGAAACUUUGUGUUUAAUUUUGUCUGAUGAGAAUAUUAUGGUCAGGUCGGAGUUCGACAUAUUCUCUGCUGCCGUUUCAUGGUUCCAACACCAUGACUAUGAAAAAAGAGUCCAGCACUUAGAGACCAUCAUGAGGUGCAUCAGAUUCCCCCUUAUGACCAACAAAGAGCUGUUUCUCUGUUUAAGAAAAUUUCCUAUACUCAGGCAGAACCAGAGUUGCGUCAACAUGAUAACCAUGGCCAAUUGGGCGAGGACCUCACUGGAGCUCAAUGAGGAGGAUCCAUUAGACGUCCCUGUAAAUAAGAGAGACGGGGUCAAUAGUCCACAAAGUGUCAGCGAUUACUUAAAAGCCAAAUCCUCCAAUAGCAUUGAAGACGAGGUAGAAGUAGAAGUCACUCCUAUGUCCCAGGAGUUGGCGCAAGACUUCAAUUGUCACGCGGGCUCUCCGUGCAUGCUGCUUGAGCAGAGUCCUAAGGUUGAGCAGUAUAGAACUUCCAAAUGUGAAGCAACAACACAGAUGAAGGAUUCUAGAAGUGGAAACAAGAGGUCACCCAAGAAAAAGGGUAGAAAAAUUCCUGAGAACUCCCCGAUUUGGCAGCUUCAAUCCAUGCGAUUCUAAAGGCUGUUCCGAUCUCAAUGUACCGCACACCAUGUUUUCUCUCUAUGUUUUUUCUCAAUGUUUGAAUGGUUUUUUUUUCUUUUUUCUUUUUAUUUUUUUUCUAAAAUUCUUUUUGGUGUUUUAAUGUUUUUUUUCUUCGGUGUUUAUUUUUUUUUUAUCCAAAAUCAAUGUUUUCUGUAAACGGUUAAAUACUUUUAUUGUACAUUUUAGAUAUGUAUAAAUGAAUGUGUGGUAUUAUUA